AUGCAAACGAAAAACAGAUUCCAAAGUCAUUCCAUUUUCUGCCAGAAAUCAUGGUCAUCAUUGUGGCAUCGAAUGAAGAGCAACAAUGGUCCGUGGAAUAUCGAAGGACAGACACCACAUUACAAGAAAUCUCCAAUUCCUGGAAGAUUAAGUUAUCAUUGGAAUUACAAUGAUCAUUUGGAUGCAAUAAUCAAAAGAGAAAUUUACUCGAAUUCAUCAUCUGAAGUUAUCGAAAAUCUUCGAAAUAAACUUAUCAAGCAAAUUUCAUCAAAAUCAUUGAUAUUUGAUACAGAUUAUGACAAUUCAUUUAAUUAUGAUUUCGAUGAAUCAAAAUUAAUUUAUAAGACAAAAAAUUGUCAAAAAGUUUAUUUGAAGAAAAAAGUUAAUUGUAGUUUUUGCAUCUACAAGAAUGGUAUCAAAUAUAUUGUGAAUGAUGUAAUCACUAUGAUUUCAAGUGAUCUUAUCAAAAGAAUAAGUCCAAUGAAGUACAAUCAUAAAGAGAAUUCAAUUGAAAUUUUGACAUGGAAUGGAAAACUUUUGUUUUUCGUUUUUCCUGAAGAAAAUAAUUCUCAGAUUUUGAGUAGUUUCAAGUACAUGACAUUGAAUCAUGGAAGUAUUGAAGUUUACGAUGAAUUCAGAUUCAUUAAAGAAUUCACAGAAAAAUGGCAAAAAUAUCAAAUUUCUACAUUUGAUUAUUUGCUUGAAAUCAAUCAUUUCGCCAGUAGAACAUUUGCUGAUAUCACACAGUAUCCGAUAUUCCCAUGGAUAUUAUCGAAUUACUCAUCUGAAACGAAAGAAUUAGAUCUUUCUUCAGAUAAAAAUUAUCGAGAUUUGUCAAAACCGCCAAGUUCAAUUUCUCCAGAAAAAUCUGUGAAAAUUUUCAAAGAUUUUGAAUUUUCUCAAGGAAUUUCAACUCCAGGAGAAAUUUCUGCCUUUAUGAUAAGAACAGAACCAUUCACAACAAUUAAAAUAAAUUUGAAUGGUGGUUUCUUUGAUAGAAAAAUCUUUUCAAGUCUUGAAGAAGAAUGGAACAAUUUCUUUGUUGAUCCAAAUGAUACUAGAGAAUUAAUUCCGGAGUUCUUUUCAUUCCCAGAGAUGUUUUUGAACAUCAAUCAUUUGUAUUUGAACCACAUGUCAGAGGAUGUUCAAUUACCUGGAUAUUGUCAUUCUCCCGAUGAAUUCGUUUAUUUGAACAGAAAAGCUCUUGAGAGUAAUUUUGUUUCUCAAAAAAUUCAUCAAUGGAUUGACUUCACUUUUGGUGUUUUACAAAGAAAACUAAAAUCAUGUGAAUACAGGAAAGAGUUGUAUGAUGAUAUAUUUGAUUCCAAUCCUAAUGAAGACUUUGUUGACAUUUGUUGUUUGAAUUUAGGUCAAAUGCCUAAACAAGUUUUUACAACAAACCAUUUGGAAAGAAACAUCAUUGAAUCAAAUCAAUUCAAAACUAAAAGAUUCCAACAUGGAAUUGAUAAAAUUGUUUCAAGUAGUUUCCAUAAUAAUGAACUUCUUAUUUUGACAACAGAAGAUAUUAUUACAAUCAAACUGAAGAAUCCUCAUGAUAUCAACAAAAACAACAUUUCUUUCAAAACUAAGAACCAUAAGAAACAAAUUGAAGAUUGUCAAAUUUGUUAUUUCAUUGAUGAUUUCGUUGUUUCCAAUGAAAUUAAUCAAAGUAUUGAAUAUGUUUCUUCAAACAAAUCAUUACCAAUACGUGGUGGUGUCAGUUCUUUGUCAUCCAGUGAUUAUUUGUUAUGUGUUGGAACAUUUGCUGCAACAUCACAUGUUUAUUUAGGCCAUGAUUUCUUUGAUUUAUGUGAUUGUGAAACAUUUUUAGGAGAAGUUGUUUGUAGUUUUGUUUCUUCUAAGUAUUUUGUUGUUGCAAGCUGCACAUCGAGCUGUUCUUUAGUUAUUCACGAAUUAGAUGGUGAAUACAUCCAUUCUGUGCAACUUGAUUCAUUGCCAAAAUCAGUUUUGAUUACAGAAAAUCUUGGUUUUAUUGUUGUUUAUUCCGAAUCUGUUUCACGCGGACAAACAAAACAUUUCCUAAAUGUUUUCAACAUCAAUGGUCGAAGUAUUAUUUCUAAAGAGAUUCCAAACGAAAUCAAGGGUAUUUUGUCUAUCAAAGACAAGCAUAAUCUUGAUUAUUUACUAUACAUUGAUUGCGAAAACAAAGUUUAUGUUGUUGAAACAUUUUAUUUAGCUGAACCUCGCAACCUUCUUACUAUUGAAGGAAAGUUUAUUUCUUUACAUUACAUGAAAGACGACAACGUUGUUUUAAUCUUAACAGAGAAACAUGUCUACGUUCUUGAUCAUUUGUUUUAA